CGUUAAUUCAAUACUGGGCUUCCAAAAGGGGCAGAGGCAGAAGUGAAGCUCAGACCGAAGAGUAUAAUGACUCCGAAAAUUCUACGAUAAAUACGGCCUCUGACGCAGAUUUCGUCGCUGAAGAAAGCAAUGUCUGUGACACUUGUCCAGAAAACAAAGACGUUUACGACACUCAUACAGAAAUAAUUGCAGAAGAAAGAAAAAGAACAGAAAGCAGCAUCACCAAAUUAGAAGGUAGACGAAUAGUGGACAUCAAUUCGUUUAUUGUGCAAAUUCAACAAAUCGAUGACCACUUACCAUUUCAUUGCGGUUUUAAAGAUAUGGUAGUAGUGAAAGAACGAAGAAUAGGAUUAAAUUCGUGUAUAACAUUGAAGUGUAAAAUGUGCAAUGAAAAGAAAUCACUGUGGACAAAUUUUUCAAACGAAAACACCAUGGAUGUGAAUACAUCAGCAGUUUCCGGUACAAUCAGCACAGGAGGAGGACAUGCACAGCUGGAAGAGGUUAUGUCAUCCCUAGACAUUCCCUGCAUGACCUACCACACCUUUAGGAAGUAUCAUGACCGAGUAGCUGAAGCCUGGAAGGAAACCGCCGCAAAAUCAAUGGAGAUGGCAGCAGAAGAAGAAAAGCGGGAAGCGAUCAAAAGGGGAGACGUUGAUAGUGAUGGAGUACCUUUAUUGACUGUUGUUGCGGAUGGCUGUUGGGCGAAGCGCUCCUAUCGUACCAACUAUAAUUCCCUCUCUGGUGUGGUAAGUCUACUUAUUAUUUAUUAUUAUUUAUCCAGCAAUUGCAAUAAAACAAAUAAAUUACAGAUAUCCUAAAUGAGAACAUUCAAUUUUACAAAACAAGUUAAAUAUUGCAAAGUACACAGUUCAAUUCAAUAAAGCAUUCAUAGACGAAAUAUUCAAUAAUACUCAAUUACAUAGCGACUUCAUAGAGAAAUUGUGAUAAUACAUUUACAGUCUUUAUUUAUCUUAUUAGAAUAAAAACGUAGAAAGUUUCGUGAGGCCUGCAUUCCAUCAAACAUCAAUUAGCAGGUUAUUACCUAUUCAUGCAUGAAUAACAAUGGCAUUGGUAACGGUUUCGAGAUUCCAUUGAAGGGUUGAUGACCUUUGUAGGGUCAAUGUUAUUUGGUGCAAUAGUUGUCAUGAAAGCUAAUCGUAUUUCGGUACAUUUUU